AUGAAAAAGUUCACACUUUUUAAAUAAAAUAAAUAAAACAAAAAUAAAUAGUUAUUUCGCAAACACAGAGAAAGUGAGCAGCGCAGAGUACCGCCGCCAAAGCCACUUGCAAAGUGAAAACCUGAGAAUCAGCUUCCUUUUCCGCCCUAAAAAUACCAACGCAACGUUUAGCUUACUCCACCGUCGUUUCCGGACUCAUAACACUAUGGUGUCCAUGAUAUUCAAUGAUCCUUCUUCCGCUGCCGCCUUCCAUCGCCUCUCCUUUACCCGUUUCAGUAAUGGUCUCGUUUCCCUUCGCCGGUUUGUGGGUCCACUUCAUGUUUUCUCAAAUACCCCUACCCUUCCUCGAGCCCUCUCUCUCCACGCUCCACGUUCUUCUCGUUUCAUUACUGCUUCAAUGGCCGCUGAGCCAUCCGCUAAGGUGAUCGAUGGGAAAUCAGUGGCAAAGCAAAUAAGAGAAGAAAUAAGUGCUGAAGUAACAAAACUGAAGGAAGCAAUUGGAGUUGUUCCUGGAUUAGCCGUUAUUCUAGUUGGGGAUAGGAAGGACUCUGCUACUUAUGUGCGGAACAAGAAAAAAGCUUGUGAAUCUGUAGGGAUUAACUCCUUUGAAGUAAAUUUACCUGAUGAUGCUUCUGAGCAAGAAGUUCUCAAGUAUAUCUCGGACUUCAAUGGUGAUCCUUCGGUUCAUGGCAUCCUUGUUCAAUUGCCUCUACCUUCUCAUAUGAAUGAGCAGAACAUUUUAAAUGCUGUUACGAUUGAGAAAGAUGUGGAUGGCUUCCACCCAUUGAACAUUGGUCAUCUUGCCAUGCGAGGUAGAGAACCCUUGUUCGUUCCAUGUACUCCUAAAGGAUGCAUAGAGCUAUUGCAUAGAUAUGGUGUUGAUAUUAAAGGAAAGAGGGCUGUUGUCAUUGGUCGGAGUAAUAUUGUUGGAAUGCCUGCAGCUCUGUUACUGCAAAGGGAAGAUGCUACUGUAACUAUUGUCCAUUCUAGAACCAAGAAUCCUGAGGAAAUUACAAGACAGGCAGAUAUCAUAAUAUCUGCUGUGGGGCAGCCAAAUAUGGUGAGAGGUAGCUGGAUAAAGCCAGGUGCUGUUAUUAUUGAUGUUGGAAUAAAUCCAGUUGAGGAUGCAACUAGUCCUCGAGGAUAUCGGUUAGUUGGAGAUGUUUGUUAUGACGAGGCCUGCAAGAUUGCUGCAGCCGUUACUCCAGUUCCAGGGGGUGUCGGUCCUAUGACAAUUGCAAUGCUUCUCUCUAACACAGUCAGUUCAGCAAAGAGAGCAUAUAACUUCAAUUGAGAAUUUUAUCCAUUUGACUCAAGUUGCACUUGUGGCAACUUGUCUAUGUUGCUGGUUAGACUCUCCCUUGACUGCAUUCCCUAGACAAACUUGCUCGGCUAAUCCUUUACAAAUAAGACGCUUUAUACAAUGUUAUCAUAGUGGCAGUUCUGUUUUGCCAUAACGAAAUACAUUGAAUGAGUGUAGAUUCAAGGUUCUGAGACUGCCAUAAUGUUCAUAUGAAGCUUUUUCUCGAGUAGCAAUGUUAUAGACUAGCUUUUCUGUGCUAUGCCCUCCAUCUAAACAUUGCUCCUUUUGAUAAAAUACCGGGUCAAUUGUAACAAAGCUUAAUUUUGGCAACAAUCAAAAAGUCUAGUCUUGUUAGUUGUUAAACCACUAGUAUGCAUUUAUUUGUUUUUAUAAGAGGAUUUGAUCCUAAUUUGGUUUAAUCUUGUUUUUGUAUAUGCAAUGAUCGCCAAAAGCCGACUUGUUUCUCUUAGACUAUAGCCAAAGAAUCGUGAUCCAAUAGUGCUUGCAAUUGCAAGUUUUGAAUUGACAAAUUUUCACCAUUUUGACAAAUUACGCGGAUAAAACGCUACAACUUAGCAUUUUAGCAUUGUUCCAUUGUAUCUUCAGAGCUUGAAACUGCAACAAGAACAAUAAUAUUGUUGACAAAUAUUUUGGCCAAUUAGAUCAUUGCAUGUCUGGUUACAAGCUAUGUCGAUUACAUUAUUAUUUUACAAAUAUCAUGACUCUUAUUCUUCCAAAUUCUUUUAUUAGAUUUUCUGUAACUUAACACGCCAACCACACAACACUCAAAACACUUCUUCACAAGCUUAACUGACUUGAGUCAAGCAAGCUUUGAUUAAAAUUCUGACUCUUCUUUCCUCACAAAGAAGAGACCAGAAGGGCCAUUAUUAGGCAACAAUGCUAAUCUCACGGGACUCUCUGCACCUUCUUCAACACUUAAGAUCCCACUAUUGAAGUUUAUGUCUGUUUUCACAAAGCCAG